AUGGUUCCCGUGUUGGUGCCGAAACUGGCACUUCCGUUGGUGGCGCUGGCCAUGGUGCUGUGCAGUGGGGUCAGUGCGGGCAAAACGUGUGGCGUCAUCUGCCGGGUGCGCGAUCCGCUCACGGUUGGCAACAGCGACGUGCUGAAGGAGUGCCUGUACGAGGUGUAUCCGGUCGAGAGUACACAGAACGGGGUCGGACCAAUGUUCCAAAGCAACGGCGGCCACGACAGCCGCAAUCGCCUCUUCUCGCUGUACGGGGGACCGAAAUCUUGUGAAUACUUUGGCAACAUGAUCCAGACGGCGAAGGGCCGUGACACGCUGGUGGAAACGAUCCGCAAACAGCUGCAAAAGAGUGGCUUCAAGGGGCUGGACCUGCAGUGCGAUCCGUCGCAGGCCCACGUCUCCCAGCACACCUAUGCCGAGUUUAUCCAGCAGCUGCGUAGCUUCCUGGGCAACACGUACGUCAUCAUGGUGACGAUGGCUAGUUGCCAACCGGAACCCCAGCUGAUUGAGGCGCUUAACCGUGCCGUCGACUUCGUCGCAAUCGAUUCCGCAGUGCAGUCGUCAACCCUGACCAGUGCACUCAUGUUCGGGCUGGCUCGGCACCGUGUGCUGUUGGCCGUUCCGUAUCCUACGUCGAUCAACUGCCCGCUCAAUAUGGAACAUUCGGUUGGUGACGUGCUGAGCCACGUCGAGCAGCACAAUCUGUUCGGCGCGGUCGUACAGCUGGAUCGGGACGAUGUGAACAACGUGUGCGGCGACGGUCCAUUCCCCCUGCUCCGCAUGGUGCUGGAUCGUCUCUGCCGGAACGCCGAGUGUAACUUCCAGGGAUUCGUGCGCGAUACCCGUGACUGCGGGCGGUACUACUCCUGCGAACAGGGAUACAAAAAGCCGUACGACUGCCAACCUGGGUACUCGUUUGAUGUGUGCAAGAGCAGCUGCGCUCCGUUUAUGCACGUAAACUGCAACCAAACGACGUGUACGGUUUCUGGUUGCCUUCCCGCGGGCCAGGUGGCGAUUCCGUACCCGAUUCCGUUCCCGAUCAACGGCAACCCGAAUUGUUUGUGUCUGAACAACACCGGUGGCAACAACGGCGGCAAUAACGGCGGCAACAACGGCGGUGGUAACAACAACGACACCAGCAACAGUGCGUGCUGUUGCGACGUGCUGAAGAAUCUCACGAUCGCCAUCAACGGUACGGGCCAGUUCUCGAAGCUGAUUCAGCUGCUCAAAGAUAUCGGGGUAGACGAUACGGCGGGCGUGUUGUCGGACGUUUUGCAGGAUCUUAAACCGGCACUGAACAAUCUUGUCGAAACGAUCAACAAUUUGCUGGCGACCCUUCUGCUUGGCCAAAGGGCCGUCAACUCCACCACGAACAGUUUGAAUAACCUGCAGAACGGCUCCAAUCUGCUUACUGAACUAAUCGCUACGGUUGGGAAAAUUCUGAAUUCCCUGGUUGGCAAUGUGCUAGGUUCAGGUGGUGGUGGUGGUCCCGUCGACCUAGCCGGUGGUCUAGGGGGUGGCCUAGCGGGUGGCCUCACCGGUAGCUUAGGCGGUACCCCCCAAGGCGCAAGUGGUAACCUUAUGGGUGGACUAGGUGGUGGACUAGGUGGUGGACUCACCGGCUAA